UUUCUUUUUUAACACAACAAAUAAAUAAAUAAAAAGUUGAACAAAAUUGCAAGAUAAAAGCUCGACCGUUACUUAUUUGAAAUUAGCGCCCUUCAUCGACUUAUUGGUUAUCGCAUCAGCUGUUUUAAGCCCAUCACUAAUGUGAUUUUGAAAUCUUUUAUUUGACAUAACAUAACACAACAAUAAAAAUGCAAAUAAUUAGGAAUUGCAGCAGCAAACUACUGAAACACAAGUACCUGUGCCAGCCGAAGGUGUACUCCCUCUACUACAGUACACUCAAAGAUGCGGCGAAGGAGCUUCCGCUGGCCACAGGCUACCAGCCACGCCCCGUGGAGCAGGCCUAUUGGGAGCGGGAGCAGCGCCAGGCGAAUCUCCCCAAGCCUUCGGAAGGUGGUUGCAAACGGGGUUCCUACCGCAUGCUCCUUCCGCCGCCAAAUGUCACAGGGAAUCUCCACCUGGGCCAUGCCCUGAUGGCCACCGUGCAGGACGUGAUUGCCCGCCAGCGCCAGCAGCUGGGCUAUGAAGUGGACUGGGUGCCAGGCACAGAUCACGCGGGGAUUGCCACCCAGGUGGUCGUGGAACGAACCCUUGCCUCUUCGCAGGGUAAAACACGCCAGGAAAUGGGACGCCCGGCAUUCCUCGACGAAGUGUGGCGCUGGAAGGCGGAAAAGGGCGCCGGCAUUGUUCAGGAUCUCCGCCAACUCGGUUGCCGUCUUAACUGGCAGCGUGAGUACUUCACCAUGGACGAGCAACAGGCCCAUGCGGUCAACGUGGCCUUCGAGCGACUCUUCGACGAGGGCCUCAUCAGUCGACGCAAUUCGCUGCUCAACUGGUCCACCGCUCUACGCUCCGCCAUCUCCGACAUCGAGGUGGAUGUGAUAGACAUCAAGGAACCGAUGGAGAUCGCCGUUCCGGGCUACGAACGCAAUGUGCUCUUUGGCAGGAUCUACGAUUUCGCCUAUCGUGUGGUGGAUGGCGAAACACUGCCGGAUGGUUCGGUGGAGGAGAUUGUGGUGUCCACCACCAGACCAGAGACUAUCCUAGGCGAUGUAGCUGUGGCUGUUCAUCCACUCGAUCCUCGCUACAGCAAGUACCGCCAUUUAGAGGAGGUAAAGCUGAAGCAUCCCUUCCGUGACGACACCAUUCCACUCGUUUUCGACAUCUCCGUGGACCAGGAGUUCGGCACGGGGGCAGUAAAGAUCACUCCCGCCCAUGAUAAGUUUGAUUUUGAGUUGGCCAAUCGCCAUAAGCUGGAACCCCGCCAGGUGUUCGAUGAAACGGGCCAUGUGCUGGAGACGUAUGAUGAGUUUAAGGGCAAGCCCCGUUUUGAGGCACGAGAGCUGAUUGUCAACCGCCUGGAGGAUUUGGAUCUGUUGCGCCAGGUGCGCUCCCACAGCAUGCAGUUGCCCGUCUGCUCGCGCUCAAAGGAUGUCAUCGAGUACAUGAUCUUGCCUCAGUGGUUCCUCAAGUGCAAGGAUUUGGCUAGAGAUGCCUUAUCCGAACUUCACAGUGGCCGGCUGCAAAUCCAACCGCCUAGCUUCGAGACGGAGUGGGAACGCUGGUUGAAGGACAGCCGUGACUGGUGCAUAUCCAGGCAGUUGUGGUGGGGCCAUCAGGUGCCUGCCUACGAGGUUACCGACGCCAAGGGCAAUACCCAAUGGGUGGCCGCCGUUAACGAGAAGGCAGCCAAGCAGAAAGCCAAAGAGCUUGUGGGCAGCAAGGAGUUCACUUUGAAGCGUGAUCCAGAUGUGCUAGACACUUGGUUCUCAUCGUCGCUACUGCCCUUCUCCACAGCCGGUUGGCCGAAGGAGAGCUACAAGGAGCGGUAUCCUCUGGACUUGAUGCAGACUGGCCACGAUAUACUCUUCUUUUGGGUGGCCCGCAUGAUGAUGAUGGGUCUGAAGCUGACUGGCGAGGCUCCGUUCCAAAGGAUACUGCUGAAUGGCAUUGUGUGCGAUGCCCAUGGCAGAAAGAUGUCCAAAAGUCUCGGCAACAUAGUGGCUCCACAGCAGGUGGUGCAGGGCGCCAGUUUGGAGAGCCUCAAAGCUGUUUUAGAACAAUCCUGCGAGGCGGGCAUCAUUAAGCCUGAGGAGUUAAAAACCUCAUCGGCUGGAAUGACCAAGAUGUUCCCCAAUGGCAUCCAGGAGUGCGGCACCGAUGCCUUGCGCUUCACCCUGAUGAGCCACAACAUCAAGAGCCACUUCAUCAGCUUUGAUGUGAACGCCUGUUACACCAACAAGCUAUUUCUUAACAAGAUCUGGCAGGCAAUGCGGUUCACGCUGGGCUCCGCCAAGUCCCUAGGAAUCUCUCUGGACCAUUUUGAGACUCUGGAAGGCGUCACUCUGGGCGUGUGGGAUCGCUGGAUCAUCGGCCGCCUGGCGGAAACCUUGUCCACUUGCUCACAGAGCUACACUACCUACAAUUUCCAUUUGGCCACAGCAGCCUUGAAGAACUUUUUCUAUCAAAAUCUCUGUGAUAUUUACUUGGAGACCACCAAAGCGGCGAUAGCAAAUCGCACUGGCGAUGCCUACAUCCAUGUGGGCACGCUGGCUGCUUGUCUGAGCUGGGGAUUACAAGCCAUGGCACCAUUUACUCCCUUCGUGGCCUCCGAGUUGCUACAGCAUGUGCCCAUGAAUAUCGAGCUUAAGUUGUCCGAUUACCAGGACUCCAAGCUGGAGGAAGAGGUCAACGAAAUAGUGAGCAUCUGCCAGAGCGUUCGCCAGGUGAAGAGUCGCAACGAGAUCAGUAAGCGCCACCAGCCUCGUCUCAGCCUGUUUGCCCAGAAUACCGAGUCUGCGGGCGUACUUCGUCGCCACCUGUCGGAGAUCCAGGUGCUCACCCGCUGCGAAGGCGUGGAACUGGAACUUCUUGACGAGAGCGCGAAGAUUUCGAAGCAACUCAGCUUUUUCUCGACGGCAGGGGCACUAUGCUCCUUUGGCUUGAAAGUGGGCGAUGCCUUGGCCUUGACAGAGGAGAAGCGUGACGAGAUGCAGUUGGCCAACACCAAGAAGCUCAAGAAACUGGUCAAUGAGCUGCAGCGGUACCGCAUGCGUCUGGACAACGAAGCCUUUCAGCUGAUGGCCGACAAGGCCGUUAAAACGCAUUUCGAAAAUAAGGUUAAAGAACUAGAGGCGGAGAUCAACAGUCUCACCCGGCUGGCAGCGUGAUCCUAAUCCCUGGUUUACAAAAUCAGUUUAGAUAAUACCUUUGUUAUUGUUUUACAAUCGCCUAAGUCGUCUGUUUGUUAUAGAAUUAAAGACUGCAAUAUUUAUUAAA